AUGGCUGACGGAGGCCAUCGUCCUCUUCGUGAUCCCAGUGUGAUCCCUUUCGUCCUUGCUCCUUGUGCGUUCGCGCCGAUGCCGAUUGCCGACAACCCCCCGCCCCUCCACCGCGACAGAGCUGGCUCGGGGGACGAGGACGGGCAUGUGGAUGAGAGUCCGGACGCAUGCACUCGACCUCCAGGCGUCCCUCCACCAUCGACAAUCGAACCGGGUGAGGCCGAAUCGGCGAUGGGAAUUGCACGCAAGAUCUGCGAACUCGACAGUCAGCAUCUCGAUGAACGGACCACCUCUGCGAUUCCGGGUUACACGGGGAGGAACAACAGGCCGCGGGUAUUGGGUUUGAGCGAGGACCACCGUCGUCCGUUGGCCUCGAUAAUGGGCCAGCCAUUUCCGUCAAUCGAUGUUAUCUACCACUUGUUGGACGACUACUUCGACGCCGUUCAUUGGUUCUCGCUGGUCGUCUACGAACCCAAGUUUCGCAGGAGACUCCAGGCCAUUGCCGAUGGUUUCGCGGACCCCGCCCAGAGACCGUUCCUGCUGCUGUUGGCGAUCAUGCUGAGCAUGGCCGCCUGGUAUCGAUCGCACCGACCUUCGGACGCGACCGACUCGGGCCAUGACUGGGCAAAGGUGGGCGCAGAUCUGAUCAAGCUCGUGGAGUCUAACCUGGUGGAGUUGAUGGAUCAGCCCUCCAUCCUGGCCGUGCAAACCUGCAUUCUGUUCGGAUCCCACCAUCUCUAUCACGGGCGGCCAAACCUGUCCUUCACUCUGCUAGGCGCAACCAUCCGCAUGGCGCAGGCGAUUGGACUUCAUCGCGAGUCCCAAGCGGGAGAUUUCGGCGAUCGGGAAGAGCGGAAAAGAGUGUGGUGGACGGUUUACACCUGGGACCGCUUCGCAUCCAUUACGUACGGGACUCCUCUGGGCAUCAACGACAAGGAUUGUAACUUGGGUAUGCCAGUGGAAUUCUAUGAGGACCCAUCGUUCGGCGUGCCGAGAGGUGAUGAUGGGGCGCCAAUUUGCUACUCAUCGUAUCAGCGAGAGCUGAACCGCCUGUAUCUCAUCGUUUCGAAUGCAUUGGAAACCAUCUUCGGUUCUCGGACCUCAAGAAGCUCGCAGGAGCUGGUGGGGGAUACCUAUGUGACCAUGGUCCAACAGGCGACGGAAAACCUUCACAACUGGCGACGCCUGUUGCCGAGCCACUUGGUCCUCGAACUCAAUCAAGAUUACCGAGCGGGGGGUGCGCCGAGCUCCAAGGCACAUGCUUUGCAGGCGUUGUCCUUGCAGUUGUCAUACGACAACAUCCUGAUUGUUCUCCACCGCCCGUUGAUUGCGCGACAGGUCAACCAUCUCUCCACCAGCCUGUCGCCUGGCAAAACCGAACUCGAUUCCCCGGCUGAUCCCGCAUUCCCCAAGGCAAACAUCGCCAGCUCAGACCUCUGGCGGAAGGCAGCGGUGCGGACGGCCCGGGUGACCGAGCUACCGGUGCUGGCCCAGCUUGCGACCGAGAGCCACCUGGUGGCAUUCCUGGCGAUCAACCUAUUCCACGCCGCGGUCGUGCUGGCGGUGACCGCGCUGUCGGAACCGUUGUCCGAUGCCGCCCAGGAGGUGAAGCGGACCAUCACUCGCAUUCUGCGUCUACAGGACCUGCUGGGCAAGCGGUCGGCCCUGUCGAGGCAAACCACGUUGGUGCUAAAGAAGGUGGUGGCCAUGCUUUUGCGCCGGGAGUCCGCCGCUAUACUGGCGCCGCUCACCGGCACCAGCACCAGCAUCAAUGCGCCUGUCGACUUUGACGACCCGCCCCUCCGAUCGGUCGAAGAUACGCUCCGCUUGCCGCUCGAUGUGACCUUCGAUGUUUCGGAUGCUGCGAUGCGAAGCCAAGGGGCGGGAGACAUCCCUCGAGCUAAUCGCCUGAAUGAAAGUCUGAACUCGGUGCAGCAUGUCAUGGUACCAGGUGAUGACUGCACCCUCUAUCUACCGGUUCCCGGAGACGCUCCCCGUCAGCAUGAGACGAGUCCCUUGCCAGAUUGUUGGCCGCUGCCGCCGGAAAAUGCCUGGCCUGGCCCCAACGGCUCCGCAGGUUUCGUGCCAAGUGGCCACGACGGCAACGUUGAAAAUGGAUUGUACUGGCUAUGGGACACGGCAUGGGAUGGGCUUUAA